AUGGAGAACCUCGACCCCGCGCUCCUGGCGAGCUUAGAUCCAAGAGCGCUGGAAGGAUUGCUGCAGUCCAUGGCGGCGAGCAUGCCGACCGGCGAGCAGUCGUACAAGGGUUUUACGCCUUCAGAAGACCUCAAAAAAAAAGAAGCCGCGAUGCACGAGAGCAAGGCGGCCUACGACGCGCAGCUCGGUGAAGUGAUGAAGACCCUGUCCAAGCUCCAGGCCGUGCCGGACAGACAAAAGGCUUCGUUGGCUGCUGCUCAAGCCGCAUCAGCGGAACGCAUCCAGAAAACGACGGCGGACGCCAUACGCGAUGUGGAGGCCAGCGCCGCCGCGGCCGAGGCCCGGGCCCUGCAAGAGGCCAAGGCUUCUCGACGCAAUUUCCAGAAGGAGCGGCGGCGGAACUUCGACGCGGCCUUCGCCACCAGUGAUGUGUUGGACCCGUCUAUAUCAUUAAAGUUAAAUCAUGCGCUCGUGAACCAGCAGGCGAUCCUGCAGAAAUUAUUCGCGGGCGGUGAUGUGAUCGAGACCCUCGAGAGCUUCGGGGAAAAGCGCCCCUCGGCUCUGAAAGUUGCUGCAUCAAUAAGAGGAGGCACGUGCGUCGUCCUGAAGACGCGGGACUUGGGGGCAGUGUCUAUUGCUUUAGCCAAAAAAUGCAACAAUGUUAUAGUAGUGGACCCGGACUCGUCACAACUAGGAACGAUUUUAGCGGCGGGUGCCGUCGCCCGCGUUUUAUUAACGCCCUGCUGCAAGCUGGUGUUCGAGUGGCUCGAUUCUGCAGAACCCGUCGACGGUUGUUGUAUCGAUGAAGAUCAUCCCGACGAUUGUAUCGAGUUGCUGCGCGAGCUCAUUUAUCGAAAUUUGUUGAAAUUGGACGCGCGCGUCGUGUAUGCGCCUUGUACCGCCUUUACCAAGAGUUGUGGUGAAGUUUUCGAGUUCCUGGAGCGGCAUAAGCGCUUUUCGGACGUGUCCCACGCGGACGGCAUCGUAUCUGCUAAAUAUAUUGGUGGAGAUUCUGUGGUUGCCGUGCCUUUAUCUAAGUGCGGGGAGGACGUGCACAUCGAGCCGCCUCCACGAAAAGCGGUGGUCGGGCCGCUGCCGGAGGGCGUCGAGCUGCCGGACACGGACUACGAUCCUGGUAAAGAACGGCGCGCCGCCGUGGCGCACCUGGAAGAGACCUACGAGACGGCCCGGCGCGAACUCGGCGACGACCACGCCGUCGUCGCGCGGGCCGCGGCGGCGCUCGCGGCGGCGCGCGCGACGGGCGCGGAGCUCGUGCGUCUAGUGCCUUAG